CUCCUCCGAAGAUCCUGUCUCUGUCGGUGGAGGGCAGCGAGCAGACCGGGUACCGGGCUCUGUGCCGGGUCCAGGGCUCGCCGCUGCCAGACGUCCAGUGGCUCGGCCCGGACGAGCUGCUGGAGGGGUCCCCGGUGGUCCCGGUGGUCCCGGUGGUCCCGGUGGUCCCGCUGGCCCAGGGCGCCGGGGCCCACUACCACACGGUCAGCCAAUUGCGGGACGUGGCGCCGGGCCGGCAGUACACCUGCAGCGCCUCCAACCCGCUGGGCCGGGAGCAGGCCACGCUGUACGUGGUGCCGCCGCCGCCGCCGCCGCACGCCGCCGGGACCUCGCCGCCGCUCAUCGUACUCGUGGCGGUGUCGCUCGGGGCAAAGGUGGUCCUGCUGGGGGGGAUCGGGGUCUGGAUGGUGCAGGGGGGUGCGCUUCAACGGGUCAGCUGCAGCUGGAAGUAGCCUGCUCGAUUAUUACGUUGCAUUAUGUUUCAUUUAGCUGAUGCUUUUAUCCAAAAAGUGUCACUCCCCGAUGUGAGGAGAGUCGUGCAUGCUCAGAUUUUAACUAUUUAUGAAAUAACUGUCAUGCUGAAAUUAGUGAAAUCCAUGAACUAAUAAAGUUUUGUCAUUACGAACAAUAACAGAAGAUGGGAAUCAUUUCAGAAACGUUGUA